AUGCGAGCUGUUGUUCAACGCGUAAGUUCCGCGUCGGUCACUGUUGGCAAUGAGAUCAUAUCUUCCAUCUCUCGAGGUCUGAUGGUCCUGGUCGGCAUUGGAAAAGACGAUACUACUGCCGAUGUCGACAUACUUACCAAGAAGAUUCUUACUCUGCGAUUAUUCGACAAUGGCUCUGGAGGCAUGUGGAAAAAGAGCGUGCAGGACAUUGAAGGGGACGUUCUCUGUGUCUCCCAGUUUACUCUCCUAGCCAACACAUCGAAAGGUAACAAGCCAGAUUUUCAUCGUGCCAUGAGCUCAGAGCCCUCUCGCGAGAUGUAUUCCUUUUUCCUGGAGCGACUUUCAAAGUUGUAUAACCCAGAAAGAAUAAAAGAUGGACGCUUUGGUGCGAUGAUGGAAGUUCGCCUAACAAACGAGGGUCCAGUAACCAUCACCCUAGACUCGCGCAAGUUCGAAUAUAUCGAUGAACCGGCCAACAAUACAACGGCUCAGAAAGAAGGAACCUCAAAAGAAUAG